AUGCCUCGAGCCGGCCCUAUCAGAUCUCCUAGCGGCCACACAAUGCUUCAAGUUAUUGCGAUGCUUCUCACCGCCGACAACACGCCGACGUACAGAGAGCUGCUAAUGAGUGCCAUCGACGCAAUAUGCACAGCGGGUUUUACUUCCACUCAUCGUCUCACUUCAUCGGACAACCCAAAAGGGUAA